AUGCGCGACCCCAGUCACCCCACACUACAGUUCAGUGUCAACACUGUCACACAAACUCACAGUCCGUUCACGAUCAUCUUGAGACCGUAAAAGUCCCUACUUUCGUCCUCAUGAUGGGAUUGGCGAACGAGUGCAGCACUGGUGGCCUUGUGGUAAAGUAACCUAUAUUGUAAUGUGAUUGUUUUAUUUCAUUCAAGAUCAUUUAUGUGAGAUUUUUCGUUGCUCCUGUCACGUCCUUCAUUCCCCUUUUAUAUUGUGGGGAGACUGAGGUGCAAGAGUAACGUUAGGUAGGGAUUAGGUUAAGAUUAUCUUGUUUUAUAAUUUUAAAGUUGUUUUCCUGCUUUGUGUUAGUAAAUGGUUAAUUUCUUUAAUUAGUUUACUGUUGCUACCUAAUUUGAGGACUGAUGUGUUGGGAAUUAUUGCCCACCACAGUGUCAGUGGGACUCAUGAAAUAUAACUAUCCUUCCAUCCAUACAUUAAUCCAAGAGUUAUAUCAUGCAUAGGCCAAUACUUGUCAAGGUAGGUGACACUAUAAAUACAAGGUAGUGUUACUUCCUUUGGGUUUGAAAUGCUUAGUGUUUGUUACUUUUUCUUUACUUAUAUUACACUGUCUAUCUGUCACUUUAUCUUUCUGACGUUCGCUGAGAAACUAAACCAAUAACAUUAAUUAAUAUACAGUUUACAGUUUUAGUAAUAUAGAUGAUAAUGAUGGUACUUACUAAAAUUUAAAUUGACCCAAAGAUGAUUGUAUUGUGUCCGCAGUCUCUGAUAGUUACGUCACACGGUAAACAAACAUCAGCUGGUUGUCGGUAUGAGCAAGGUAAAGGUUCAUCCUGUUAGCACGACCAUUUGUCUCACUAUGAACCUGAUAUCUUGUUAGAGGUAUAUUAAACUUAUAUUGACCAUACCGUGUUUCCUGAAUAGUGGAAAAAUGUCACUCGGUCGGUUGUUAAGAUCUAUGCCAAUGAGGAGGCACACGGUCAUUGGGGCGCUGGUCAUGGCAACUGUUCUCUUCAUAGUGUAUCAAUUUACCUUCGUUGCUGAAUUGAGUGAAUCUUCCAAACCCAAGCAGCAUCAACCAAAUAUUCCAAAGCGACAUAUUGAAAUUGAAGAUUCAAACAGACAAAAAGUGGUAGAUAAAGACAGAUCACACCCAAAAGAUAUACAUUUGGUAAACGGUGAUGGCAAGAAGGACAAGACACUGCACGAGGAAGAGGUGAAGGCUGUGCAUAAAGUAGACAAGGUUGAGGUUGAUGUGGUGAAACAGGACAAAGGAAGUAAGGAUAUCUCGAAAUCAGAUGUACGAGUAACCUCCCAAGAUAAGGAAAAGGCUACCUUUAAGUGUGUAACCACUGGGAAAGUAAUUCCCUUAGAAAAAUUGAAUGAUGACUUUUGUGACUGUCCAGAAGAUGGAUCUGACGAGCCAAGAACAAAUGCUUGUGUGAAUGGAAAAUUCUCUUGCUUAAAGCAUUUAAAGAAUUUUCCAAAAGUAAUUCCUUCAUCAUGGGUUAACGAUGGCGUGUGUGACUGCUGUGAUGGCUCAGACGAGUGGAAGAAGAAAAAGGUGGAUAUAGCUCUCUCUAUACAACUCCAGAAUAAGGUUGGACGCUAUUUGUCACCUUGCCCAAAUCGCUGUCCACUUUGAAUACUGUAGAUUGUAAAUAGGAGGCAACAUUUGGGAUUUUAUUUUGACAUGUACACUACAGAUAUAUACUGUAUAUACAUAAAUGCAGUUAUUUUAUUUUUCCAUAAGAACAAAAAUUUGCAUUUGAUACUGUAUUUGAAUUGCUACUGUAUAUAAUCAAGGUGAUCAGCUUAAAUAUGAGUUCAGAUUUAUAAGCAAAUGUGGAAUGCACAGGGGUGAAUGAAUAUUUGAAAAGAUCGUUCAACCAAUAUGUUGAACCAUACUGUAGUACAGUAUAUUAAGUCACCGUAGUAGCCCCUACCAUAAUUCUGUAGGAAUAUUCUCAUGGUAUCAUUCAAUUUUUUUAACUAAUAUUUUGACAAAUUUAAUGCUACUGUUUUUGAGUUUGAACUAUGAAGUAAGAUAUAUAUAGUGCCUUAGUUAAAACUUUCAUCACUUUGUAACACUUGUCUUCCCAAGUUUUUGUCAUAUAGCAUAGUCAAAGGUUAAUGAUAUGUCGUGUAUUUGUGAUGCUUGAAGAUAAAACUCCUAUCAUAAUUUCUUAAACUGUUUACAUUACUGUACUUAGAUCCACUUUUAUUCAUCACAUUUUGUUGCUCAUAUAUAUAUAUAUAUAUAUA